ACACACACACAUUGGUAUGGCUUUAUGGCUGACGCAAAAAUAGCCUCUCUUUUAGACUCAAUGGGGAUGCCACUGUCUAGUCCAUCUGCUCUUGUCAGUCACAUUUCAAAACAAGAUGGCAGACAGAGGGAACUGGGUUUUAACACUCUCGGUGUGUACAACCUUCUUGCUGGUGGUCCAAGCGGACAUCUUAGUGCACGCCCCAGCGGGCCAACUGUUUGUGUAUGAACUAGAGAGAGAAAUCUACCAGAAUGAGUUUGAACCCUUCCACCACUAUGGACGUAUGCAUAAUGACCCCUUGAUGUUCAAGUGCAACAAGCAGCAGUUUCCAGACCUGCCCCACUGGCUGCGCUUCACACAACGUCAUCUGUACGACAACGGCUUCCUGUACGGCACACCGCUGCCCCAGGACCUGGGCAAGAACAUCAUAGAGAUUUAUGUGACAAAUAAACGAAGUUAUGAUACUGUAAAGGACCGUCUUAUUAUAAACGUUGGGCCUGCAGUUAAACGGAUGCCUUACCAGGCUGAGUUCUUCAUCGGUCUGAGAGAGAUCGAGAAGGUCUUACCGCAUGACAUUAAGGAAGAGAUAAAGCAGGACAUCCAGAUGAUCUGGGGAACAGAUCGGCUCGAAUAUGUGAACAUUACCUCUGCUCUGGACCGUGGUGGACGUGUCCCUCUGCCUCUGCCAGGACACUAUGAGGGUGUAUAUGUGAAGCUGGGGUCAGAUCAACCCUUCUCCACAUGUCUGCUGAGGCUGCAGACAGCAGAUCAUCGGCGAGAGUGUGAGGCUGGAGGGAAGAUCAGCGGAGAUUGCAGUUCUUGCAGUGUCCCUGCUAACUGUGUGACCUGGUGUAAGUCAGCUCUGAUUAAUUCCUCCAUGCCUGCGCCUCCUCCGCCACCGACCGUAGGCUCAGGAAUUCUGGCCUGGGGAGGAGAGUUUAUCCCACCUGAGUCUCCACCUGAGAGAGACUUUAUCCCUGACUACAUCGUUACAGUUAUUGUGCCCUUCGUUCUUGCCAUCCUCCUCUGCCUCCUUCUAGCUUACGUGAUGUGCUGCAGGAGAGAAGGAGCUCAGAAACGGGAUGCCAUGACUCCAGAGCUCCAGCUUUAUCAUCACCACACCAUCCAUGAUAACAGCAGUGAGCUGAGGACCAUGGCAGGAAGCCGCAGUAGUGUGCCACAGCCCCUGUCUACACUGCCUAUGUUCAACACCCGAACCGGGGAUAGGGCACCUCCGGAGUAUCCCUCAGACAGCGUCCAUAUCCCUCUAAUCAUGGCCCAGCAGGAGCCUAAUGUUGACACACUGCCCAGGAAAUGAAAAUCUGGCUCUUGGGAACCGAAUGAAGGAUCACGAUUUGCUGGAGAGUUUUUUUUCCCUGCUUGCUCUGAUUUUAUUCCUCUGCCAUUAUAGAGAAGUUGCAAUACCAUGUGGCUUUAAGUGCACCAAGUGCCUCUUUUAGAAGUGUAUUUCUAAUAUUAGAAAUCUGUGUUUCAUGUAUUUCUUAUAUUCCUAUAGGAAAUAUAUAUGAAUAGAUACCAGUAGAAUGUGACUCCUUUUUUAUAUUUCCCCAUGACAAAGACGUGUCCUACCGUACGUCCACCCAAACGUGCAAAUAUGUCAGUCAGUCAGUCCAGUAAACCGAAUAUUAUUCGGCUAAUCGAAUCUACGCAGUAAAGAUUAAGCUUAAUUUUACAGGAAGGCGAUGGCAAGAAGAUGACAUGCCGAACAUUCCUUUGACCACUUUAAAACAUGCUUUAUUUCAGCAUCCAAAAUAAUUAAAAACAUCUCGAAAUAUUAUACAUGUACAAAAUAAGUACAGAUCCUCUGUUUGGAACCAUUAAAGUGUCUGGUUGUGGUUUUCUUUCUGUGCCAACGUAUUUAACGGAAAAGAAAACAAAACAAAACCCAAAAAGAAGGAAAAAACGCAAUUGAAGUGAAAAAAGAAAAACAAUUGACAGUCGGGGGGCCAUGUGCAGACACAAAUAAAGAUUUUUCCCAAAGAUUACGCGGAACCUGGGAAUCAAAUGUCCGGCAAUCGGUCCACUUACUUCAUUCACCUACAUCGAACAAUCGCAUUCAGCUUUUAUUUUUUCUUCAGCCGACAAUAUAAUGAGAGAAGACAUUGCAUCAUAAUGACAACAAGAUGAAAUAGCACCAAACAGGUCCCAUAAAGCACAAGAGACAGAAAUAAU